AUGGCAUUAUCAAAGGCAGCGGGAUUCUUGGUUGUUCUUCUGGUUAUUUACCACAGUCUGCAGAAUCAGGGAUACGGAGAGUCUCUGAGAUUAUUCUUUGAGUCCUUGGAUGACGAUUUACUGCCAAUGUUCUUGGAAAAUCUCAGCAACAACUCCGGCAAGGAAGCGGUUGGAUCUCCUGCAAACAUCAAUACCAUUGUUGACAUCCUCAAAAAUGUAGCCGACUCGAAUAUCACAAUAACUAACACUUCGAUGAUGUACAUCCUGUUAACCACAGGGGUCCUCACCACAAGUGGAUCAAAGAAAUCAUGGGAUAAAACCAAGAACAUCGCAAGAAAUCUUAGCUCAAUAUUAUUGUCGUCUCUUGAGAAGUUAACAAGUAGACUUACCAAUGACACUUUUGACAUCGACACGCCUCAUAUUCACCUGAUCAAAACUAAAUUCACUGACAAUUUCACUGCUGAGUUUAAUUCUUCGGUGAAGAUAAAUGUACCAGAGUCUGACGGAAGCGUUAAGUCCAUCACCAUGAUAACAUUUGACUCAAUAGACAACAUACUCCCCGUAAGAGAUGAAGACAAUUCAACCUCUCACCUCUCCAUUAACGGAAGAGUCGUACUUGUUAGGUCCAGUGGCGCAAUCAAUAAUGUUUCCUUCACUUUUGAUAUUUUUAAUGAAGCUCUCGGGAACCCUGAGUGUGUUUUUUGGAACUUCAGCCUCUUUGAUGGCAUCGGGGGAUGGGACGAAGAGGGCUGUGAGUUGGUACACCACGCCGGUAAAAACGAAAUCUGCAACUGCAACCACCUGACCACCUUCUGUAUCCUCAUGUCUCCCCACGGUCCAGAUGACCAUGCUUUGUUGCGUUUGUUGAAAUAUAUAACCUACAUUGGAGUUGGCAUAUCUAUGGCUUCCUUGGUCAUAUGCCUGAUAAUUGAAGCUGUCAUAUGGAGGAAAAUAAGGAAGAACAACAUAUCUUACUUGCGUCAUGUUUCCAUCGUUAACAUCGCCCUGUCUCUCCUGAUUGCAAACGCUUGGUUUAUUAUCGGGGGGUUUAUUUCAGAUGCAGAGGAGAAAAACUCACCAGCAUGCACUGUGGCUACUUUCUUUAUCCAUUUUUUCUACCUGGCCCUUUUCUUCUGGAUGUUAGCCUCAGGUCUGCUGUUGCUCUACCGCACGGUCAAUGUCUUCGACGGGGGAUUGUCAAAAAAAGCUAUGUUGGCUAUUGGAUUCUCUCUAGGCUACGGGGCGCCUCUCGUCAUCGCGAUCAUAUCUAUAGCUUUAACUGAACCCACAGACGUGUACAUCCGACAUAAUGGCUGCUGGCUCAAUUGGGACCAGUCCAAAGCUCUCCUGGCCUUUGUGGUCCCUGCGCUGUUCAUAGUGGUGAUAAACAUUGUGAUCCUGUUGGUGGUGAUAUACAAAAUGUUGGGGAGAAGGGCAGCAGGAGACGCUGCACAAACAGCUGAGAGGCACGUUCUGGUGGUUAUUAUCAGGUGUUUGGUUGUCCUCGCACCAUUUUUCGGAUUAACUUGGGGUCUGGGAGUCGGCACAAUGGCCCAACCAAAGAAUAAAGGAAUCAAUCUUGCAUUUGCAUUCUUCAAUUCACUACAGGGUUUCUUUGUAUUGGUGUUUGGAAUGCUGUCGGACAAAAAGGUUUGUAUGUGUGUGGUCAGAAAUUACAAAGAUGUCACAACAUUCCAGAACUGGGACAAAGAGCACCAGCGCUGGAAGCUCACCAUCAGGUGGAUUUGGCUUUUUUCCCAACUGGAAAAGAGGAAGAGGUAA